AUGCAAUAUAAAUCAUAUAUUGAUCCUUUUCUAAAUAAGCAAAUCAACAACCAAAAACCUUAUCUGAAUAGAAGUCCUAGUUUUCAUAACCCCAUCCAAAAUUGUAUCUAAUAUUUAGCAUCACUCUUAGCAAUAUUAUGUAAGAGCAUCUCUGAAUAGAAACUCAAGCUCUCCAUUGAUCAAGAGAGCCAGACCAAAUUAAACAAUAUUGGACAAUCCCAAUGGGAGAAGAUUGGAUCCAAAUUGCCCAAAAGAGUCUAACUUCAAUAUAGAGAAAUCAUCAAGCCUAAAUAAUUCGAAAUCAACCUCUCCCAACCUCGAAUUCACAGUCCAAAUGCCAAUUAACGGUUCAAUCGAUCUUUCUAUAUGGGUCUCCAAGAGAUCAAUUCAUCAUCCCAAAAAAGACCUCUCUUGAAUCUCACUAGUACUGUUAUCAUGAUCUAGGAUAGCACACAAGCCACCUCAGAACUCUAAACAUAGAAAAUCUAAUAGAAGUUCAGAUAUAAUUUUAUAUUCCAUUAUAUUAUCGGAUUGGGAGGAUUUGGGAAUGUUUGGAAGGUUGAAUCCAAAAAAACUAGAAUGAUUUAUGCAAUGAAAGAACUCAAAAAAACCAAAAUUUUAGCUAAAAAAUCUGUCAAAUCAGUUAUGAAUGAAAAACAACUGUUAUAAAAACUAAAAAAUCCUUUUAUUAUCAAUAUGGUAGGAUCCUUCUAAGAUAGAGAUCACUUAUAUCUAAUCCUCGAUUAUCUAUCAGGAGGCGAUCUUCGAUAUCAUCUAUUGCUCAAUAAAACAUUUAGAGAAGAAUAAAUUAAAUUUUUUGUGGCUUGCAUAAUUCUUGGCUUAGAAUACAUAAACUCCUAUCAAGUUAUUCAUAGAGAUCUCAAACCUGAAAAUUUAGUAUUGGAUUGUAAAGGAUAUCUGAAAAUAACAGAUUUUGGAAUAGCCAGAUAUUAUAAAAGUGAAAAUAGUAAUGAAACUAGUGGUACUCCUGGAUAUAUGGCACCUGAAAUAAUUCUAAAAUAAAACUACAAUUAUUGUGUAGACUAUUAUGCAAUAGGAGUUAUUUGUUAUGAAAUGAUAACUGGGAAAAGACCAUAUCUUGGUAGAACUAAAAAAGAAAUACGUGAUGAAAUGCUAGGCAAAUAAGCUUAAUUAAAUGCCAAAGAGUAUUUGUAGUAUUCAUUCAAUCUGAUUGAAUUUACAAAUAAAUUGCUAGUGAGAAAAUAACAAAAUCGAUUGGGUUAUUAAAAUGGGAUCAAAGAACUUAAAAAUCACAAAUUAUUCCAGUCAUUUUAAUGGGAAAAAUUGAUAAACAAAACUAUGAUUGCUCCUUAUCAACCUAAAUAAGAAGAUAGGAAUAGACCCUGUCAAAAGACUAGUGAUUCACAGCAAACAAUAUUUAACGAAUAAUUGAAGUAACUUAAAUUUAAAGAAAUCCAAAUGCUUUUUGAUGGAUAUACAUAUUAAACUGAAGACAAGAUUAUUUGA